AAACUAAUUUACUCUACGAACACCUUGCAUUUCACAGAAACACCAUUUAUUCAACAACUAAGUAAACUCUUGUUAUAAUAUAUACAAACAUCUAGGCAAAAAAAAACUUCAUUUCAGUAAAAGUAAUUUACAUAUUACCAAUGUCGAAUAAGGAUAAUUGCGAUUACUCACAGACCGGUGCUGAUGAAAGUUUGCUGGAACUUUUCUCUAAAGGUUGGGAGAGCUUCGAAGAAUUGGAAGAGACUUCUCUGCCUUUCAACUCCACAGAAUAUCAACGCAAAGUUAAGGACGCGAUGUCAGAUUUUGAGAAAGCCACGACUGUAAUCAAUCAAAUAGGUCUAUUUAGUUCAAACGAAAUCAUAGACGAAAUAUCAACAGAUUCCUUACAAUACUUGCUGCUCCCUUUCUUUUUGGGUAAAGUAGCAUUAAAGCUACAACAGGAAGAUCGCAGCGAAGUACUUAACAUUGCAGAAGUAUAUUUCAAAGACUUCUUACAACGUUGUCAGGAAUACGAAUUAUGUGAAGAUGUUAAAACGAACGUAGCAUCUGAAGGUGGUAAUACAAACGAGUUGGCACAGUUAAUGCGUGCUGCACAUGCACGCAACGACAAAAUUGCACAAUUUCGCAAGAAAAAAGAAUUAGAAGAAUUCGUAAAGAAAAUGAAAUUAGCUGUGCGCAAUAAAAGCGUUGAUGAGGAAGUACGUAGGGAAUUUUUCAUCAAAUUUCUUAACAAAAGUAUUAUCGAUGCAAAUGAGGAAUUGGAUAGUAUUAAAUUGGAAAAACAAAUGGUAGAUAUGCGUGCAAUGAAUAUUGCAGGUGGUAAUAAACCAAAUCAAAAUUUUGCCGACGUUGCAGCCAUAACUAAUACAGAGCAAGCUGAACACUCACAUCGUAAUCAUCACCAUCACCAGCAACCAAAACGAAAACCAAUGCAACCAUUUAUUAUUACACGCAAUUCCGCACAAAAGGCAGUAUUCGGAGCGGGAUAUCCAAGCUUGCCAGUUAUGACAGUCGAUGAGUUUUACGACCAACGUGUCCGUGAUGGAGUUUUUCCUGAUGAAGAGAAGGUUGCCAAAAUGAAUCGAGAUCAAGCAAUAGCUGCAGCUCAAGAUCCCAAUGAAAAAGAGGACCAGGAAAAGGCUAUUGAAGAGGUUCAAAUUGAGAACGACGAUCCAGAGUACUUGGAGCGCAUGCGUCGCAUGGAUGAGUACAAAGAUGUUGUACGACGUGGAGAUGGAAAUCGCUAUAAUCGCAGUUGAUCUGCUAACCUUACAGUGAUUAACACAGUAACAUUGAAAACUAAUGCAUGAAAAAAUUGUUACCCUUUACAUAAUAAAAAAAAAUUGAAGAA